AUGGACGAUAUCAUGGCAAUGUUCUCGUGGGUUUUUGUUGGAAAUACUCUGUUUAUUAUUGUUGGGACCACAUCGUUUUUCAGUCUCUUAUUGGCUACGGCAAACAGUUUACAAUUUCAAGAAUUCAUUGCCCGUCAAAUUGGAAGUUAUCUCACACGCGAAACAGGCAUAACAAUUGUGUUCGAAUCGGCAAUAGUACCAAACUGGAAGGAAGGAAAGAUCAGUUUGAAGAACGUAUCUGUUAAAAGAUCUCAUUCGAGUGACGACUAUCAAACUCCACGAUUCGUUGUGUUUGCUGAGGGCGAAAUAGAGGAAGAGCAAUGUGACAACAAUUUUACAAUGUUCGAUUUGACUAUCGAAAAGAUUGACGUUGAAUUGUCUUUUGUGAGAUGGCUUGACAGGAAAGGGCUUAUUAAAAGUGCUGUUGUAAAGGGAGUUCGUGGAGUAGUUGACCGCCGCUCUGUACAUUGGGACUCCUGCGUCCCCUACGUUGCGCAAGAAUGGCGUCGUCUGGCCCAACCAGGUGACUUUGAAAUUGAUUCCUUCCACGUCGAGGAUCUCCUAAUCACUAUUUACCAGCCUGGCGACUUUCGCCCUUAUAACGUUGCAAUAUUCCAUGCUUACUUGCCAAGGCUGAGACAGCAAUGGUUGAUGUAUGAUAUGUUAUGUGCUAAGAAUAUUACUGGGACCUUUGACAAUUGCCUGUUUAGUGUUCAUAGUGCUUCUAUUCGGGAGAAUAGAUUGGGCGAAGAGGGACAAUGGAAGAAAAUGUCACGACUUCGAAUCGAUGGCUUGAAUAUCGACCAUCUAAAUGCCGGAGUUCCAGGACCAUUCGGAUGGAUAUAUUCGGGCUCCGUCGACAUUCACGCAGACAUUAUGAUUCCUGACGACUCUUAUGACGACCUCAUUAAAAAAUUCGUCAACGAUAUCGUCGAGAAGAUAGACGAUGUUGUUGUUCAACAAAAGCCUGUUGUCAUAUGGCGUCGUAAUGACAAUACGGACUGUGACUGGGAACGUAUUAGCGGCAAUGGUAAUGAUACUGAUUACAGCGAAGCACAGAGCCAAGGGGAAGAACAGGCUGACUUGAUGUUGCUAGCAGACCUAAUCGUGCGAUUUCAUGAUGUUAAAGCAUCCGUUCCUCUCGUGGCAGAGGACUUGUCCUUUAUCGACAGUGCAUUGAUUCGUCCUAUCGUUGCCUACAUAAACGGAAAUAGGACCCUUACAUCAAUGAAGUUUGAGAUCAUAAAGAAUCAGUGUUUUGCUGAAUUGACAAUGGAUGAGCAGAAACGUCAUAAGCGAUUAAAACGUGUCGGAGUAUGGGGUUUGCAGACUAUGACCAAGAACUUGGUCAAUAUAUGGGACUAUGCCACUGGUCAACGUGGCUUCUGGCAUUAUAUAGGAACCAUUCCUGGAUAUGCAUAA